AUGAUUGAUUGGUUAGCUAUUGCCGUUGCUUUGGCCAUAAUCGCCACAUUGGUAGGUUUCUUUGGUUUUUUGGCAUGGAAAAUAAAUAUGUCGGACUCAUUAACAAUGGAUGAUGGUAGUCCAGUUUUGGAUGGAAUAAAUGAAAAGAAGAAAAAAGAUAAGACAAGUAACGAACUAGCAAAGAAAAAACGUAAAGAUCAGAAGAAACCAAAACGUGAAAAUAAAGAUGAUGAACAACAACAGCGACAGAAAGUUAAGGAACCUACAUCGCAAACAAAUGAAGACAGUGAUGAUGAACGAGAAGAAAGUGAACAAGAAUUAUUGAAAGCAACAUUAAAUAAUGUUGAAACAUCAUCAAAAGCUCGUAAACGUAAUAAAAAUAAAACCGCUACAUCUGCACCAAUAGUAGCAGUUCAAGUCGAAGUUAAGACUAAGGAUGAGAAAGCUCCGAACACAACUCGAGCACCACCAGUAACUCAUCCGAAAUCAAUUGCUAAAGAUGAACUUGAAUCAUCUAAACAACAAGCGAAAGCUCAAGGGAAAGUAAUCGAACUACCAAAAAAACAAAUAUUUCCUGCUUCUUCACAACAAGCAGCCAAAAAAGCAAUUCAAACACAACCACAAGAACAACCUUUUACAGUUGUUGGUGGAAAUCGCAACAAGACUACAACACCGCCAUUACAGCAACAACAACCACAAAAUAAAUUACAGGUCAAUGCUGUACCGUCAUCUGCUCCUGUUCAACCAUCUUCCUCAAGUCCGGUUCAACAUGAACAAUUGAUUCACCGACAACCACCUCCUCAAAAGGAAACACCAGGUCCAGUCAUUGUUGUUUCUACAAAUACAAUGCCUGUAAAACAACAACAAAAAAUACCCGCAAAAGUUGCUGAUCUCAUUAAAGUUCUACCUUCAUCGCAAGUUGUUGUUACUGAAUUGAUGUCUGCACUUGAUGCAUUUCCUUUAUCAACAGAUGAAUUAGAUAUUAUUAUGCAUAAGAUUGCAAAUAAACAAUCUGUACUCCGACAAGAUUGGAGUAAAUUAACACAAGGUAAAAAAGUUGAUCCACAAGCACAUAUUGGUCAAGUUAUGGAUGAAUCAGCUAAAGCAUAUGAGGAUGAAAUAAAAACAAAUUCAAUGAAACGAAUCAAAGAAUUGACUGAUGAACUCAACGGAGAAAAACAUCGUUCUAAUGUUUUAUUGAAAGAAAAAACUGAUAAAGAACUAGAAAUUCAAAUGCUUCAUGCUCAAUUGGAUUCUGUUCAACAUAAACAUGAACCAACAAAUGUACAUCCUCAACAACGUCAACAAAUGCAAACAAUUGAAUUACAAGUAAAACGAUUAACAGAAGAAAAUAUUCAUUUAAAUCAUCAAUUAACGCAACAACUUUCAACGUCAAAAUUAAUUCAGACUGGAGAUUCAUCAAAUUUACAAGUACAAGUAUUGAGCGAUCAAAUCAAAAAAUUAUCAGUUGAUAAUGGUCAUUUGGAAAAAAAAGUCAAAAGCAAUGAAUUAUUAGCUAAAGAAGCACAACAAGAAAAAGAAAAUUUGAAUCGUUAUAAUGAACAAUUAACUCAAUCACUUCAAAAGGCUGAAAAAGAUUUGAAACAUGUAGAAGAAAAACACCAUAAAAAAUUCAAUGAAAUGCAAACAUUAAAUAUGAAUGAAAUUAAUGAAUAUAAAAGUCGCGUUGAAAAACUUGAAAAAGAUAAUGAACAAUUACGGCAUGAAGAAAUUGUACAUGUUGAACCGACAGCAGUAACCGAUAUUCAAACAAUAACACUAAAUAGUGAAGAACGCGAACAAUUAGAAAAAGAAAUUCAACAAUUGAAACAAACGAUUGAUUUAAAUCAAGAAAACGAACGAGAAUCGAAUGAUUUAAAACAGAAGUUAAUUCAAGAAAUUGAGGAAUAUAAAAAUAAAAUCGAGAAUUCACAGGCUCAAUAUCAAUCUAAAGAGAAUGAAUUACAAAAAGAGAUUGAACAACUUAAACAACUAAACACUCAACAGCAACAACAAACGAAUGAUAAUGAACUUGCUGCUAAAAAUACUGAACUUAGUACUUUACAAGCUGAACUUGACGAAGCAAAAUCAACAGUUUCACAAUUAGAAGAACGUCAGCGUCAGCAACGUGAAAAAAAUCAACAGAUUUUAACUGAGCUUUUACCAUCAGAUAUUCGAAAUCAAUUAUCUAAUGACAAUCAAGAUUUCGACCAAUGGCUUUCGUCAUAUCAACAAAUAUUUCAAUCAAGUCAGACAUAUUUGCAAGAACAAGCUACAGCAAUAAAAAAUGAAAAUGAACAACUUCAUGAAAAUAUGAAAGAUAUUGAAAGUCAAUUGAGAAACAUUGAAGAAGCUGUACAAUGUAAAGAAGAAGCAUUACUGGCUGAAUUAAAAAGUAAAGAUGCUAUACUUGAAAGUAUUCACAAUGAGAAUGAUCAAUUAACUGGUGAACUUCAACGUCUUCGCAAUGAAAUCCAACGUUUACAAUCAGCGUAUGAUAAUUCAGUUAGUGAAAUAUCAGCAUUAAAACUCCAACUUGAUGAUCGAUUUCUUCUUGCUGCUAAUACGCCAUCCGUUGAUUCUGACCAAUCAUUUGAAAUUAUUAAACAUCCGUUACCAUCAUUAGCUGCACUAGUAAUCGAUGUUCGAGCUGAACAAGUAAAUGAAUUAAUUCGAUCAGGCAAAGAAGCACUUGAGCAUCAAGAGUCAAUCACUCAACAACUUGAUAAACAUUUGAACGAUAUGCAUCCUAGUGGGACCGGAGAGACUCAAGCGUGCAAUGCCGAUGAACCAACAGUCUUGCCUUCGACCGAUCAGCAAUCUUGA